AUGGCUAGUGAUGCGGUGAAAUCGACAGUAACUCAUGAAGAAUUGAUUAAAAGAAUGGAGGGUUUGAAAUUCCACGUCGAACCGGACUUUAUUUGUGUUGAUAGCACAGAAGAAUUGAUAAAUCAUCAUGAAGUAAAAGUAACGCAUCCUUCUGAUUUCCGAGUAAAUCCAACUAGUGGUAUCGUUGGUGCUAAACAAACUUUAAUGCUUAAAAUAAAACGUCUUGAAACUGCACCCCGAAGCGAUCGUUUCGAUCUUGAAGCAUUACCAUAUAUAGAAGAACUGCUAAAAAUGGAUAAAGGUACAACACGAAUACCAUUACAGUAUCGAAUACAGUGGUUUUUCAGCUUCGGAUACGUACCCACCGUAUAUUCUAUUAGAUAUAAGCAAGUUGAACCGUGGGAUGUUAUAUUUCCUGCAUUGGACGAUCCUGAUAAUCUCAAAAUUUCACCGCGUCUUUCGCAAAUUUGCAAGGAAAGUGGAAUCACAACGGAAGAGAAAGAGCAUUUAACUUUGAAUGAAUUUAUUAUAUUGGAUGCGGCAACAACUCGAAAUGAAACAGACGAGAUACCUUGA